AUAGCCUCUUGUUGUGGAGCUAUAAUUACAUCAUUAUUUGUAACUCCUCUUGAUGUUAUCAAAACUCGACUGCAAGCCCAAAGGAAUCCAUUCCAUGACGGUAAACAAACAAAUGUGUGGUGUAAUGGGGGACACAGUUUGCUUUUUGCUCUUGUAUUUAGCUGAUAGUUGUCAUAGUGCUGUGCUGAGGUGCAGAAUGUUUGAGCCUGUUUCUCCAAUAUAACUGGGGGCGUGGGGGGAAGAGGAACACACCAUAUGUACUAUGGCACAACAGCAAAAAAUCCCAUACAUCCAUAUGAUUUUAAACAGGCCUUUUGUCCCUGUCUUAGUAUUUUCAUUAUGGCAGAACAUACAACUAAUACUGAGUUGAGUCGAACAAUAAAAAGCUGUUACUAAAUAAAUAAAUAUUUCAUCAGAGGGCUUAUGUGGUCAGGAUGUUAUAUCAAAGUUCAUCUCCUCCAGAAUCCAGAGAUUUUUGAAAUGGAGAAGUCUUAACAAGUCACUUGCCACUUGGGUUCUAAAUAGAUGAAGAUAUUGUGCUCUCAAAGAUGUGCUAAUGGUUCCUACUAUUUACUUGUACUUAGUAUAUGAGAUUUAAAAGAAAAGAAGAUGACUGGUUUUUCAUGUUGAAUGUGGAGGAAAGUGUCUUGUAAACUCCAGUGGCCAUAUGGAUCAUGUGUAUGUUUGUAAAAAUGGGGACAGCAAAGCCUGGUAUAAAAAUCCUGGGCAUUUCAAAGGGACAUUGGAUGCAUUUGUGAAAAUUAUUCGAAUAGAGGGAAUUAAGUCGCUGUGGAGUGGGCUUCCCCCAACACUAAUAAUGGCAAUUCCUACCACAGCAAUCUAUUUUACCUGCUAUGAUCAGCUGUGUGAAGCUUUGAAAAGUAGACCAGGAAAGCAUGAUGAGCACAUUCCAGUUAUUGCAGGUUCCUUAAGCAGAUUUGGUUCUGCCACCGUGGUGAGUCCCCUGGAGCUGAUCAAAACCCAAAUGCAGUAUCGCAGGUCGUCCUACAAGCAGCUGUACCUGCGUGUCAGCACCAAAGUGACUGUGGAUGGGUGGCUCUCGCUGUGGCAGGGCUGGGCUUCGACUAUUCUGAGAGAUGUACCUUUCUCAGCAAUGUAUUGGUAUAAUUAUGAACGUUUCAAGAAGAUGAUGUGCAAGGAAGUUGGUGCACAUGAACCCACAUUUUUUGUUUCUUUUACUUCAGGAGCAGCAUCUGGCUCUAGGGACAGUAAAUCAACCUGGGCAGUUAUGAGGAAAAUUGCUGCUAGAAAUGGGAUUACUGGAUUAUUUGCAGGUAAAUUUUUUCUUAUCUCUAAAAAAAUUCAGACUAGAGAGUUCUUAAUUAUCGAUUUUAAAGUGCGUAAGUUUUAUAUUUCCAUUUUUGUGAACACUGUCAGCUAUGCAAUAGUUUGCAUAUAUAAAGCAACAGACAUGCAGACAUUGGCCUCUCCUGGGAUCUUCUUGGUAGAAAACCAUGGUAUAAAGUCCUGGAGGGAGGAGAGGCCCAAGAAAGCUGGUUAAUAUUCAGGAAUCAUCUCCUCCAGGCUCAGGAACAAUGUAUCCCAGCAGAGAGAAAGUUAGGUGAAAACUCCAAGAGGCCUGUAUGGAGGAACAAGGAGCUCAUGGACAAGCUCAGACACAAUAAGGAAGCCAGGACAGGUAACCUGUCACAGAGAAAUGGUCCAAGUAGACAGAGAUCAGGUUUGGAAAUGAAUCUGGCCAGGGAUGUCAAGGGCAGCAAGAAAGGCUUCUACAGGUGACCAGAGGAAGACAGGGGAAAACAUUGACCCUCUGUUGCAUGACUCUGGCAGGCUGAGGCAGAAAUGACAAGAUACUGAGAUUAAAAUAAUAUUGAGAUAAAAUCCUAUCGUAGCUCAUACUGAAAUUACUAUUGGCAAGAGACAUUCCAACUCCAGGAUUCUUACCAGACUUCACUUCACCACACUGCACUGGCUCAUUGGGGCCCUGGUGUGAAUGGCUGCACAGGUGGUUAAGCCUUGCAGGACUUGUGUUUGCUGAAAGAGAUUAAACUGCUUUAUUUGCUGUACAGUGGUGGCAUAGCUGAGUAACAGGAUUUGCAUAUUUCAGGCUCUGGAUGCUAACAGAAUGCAAGACACCACAAAGUAUCAAUAAUAUUGAUACUGAAUUCAGUUAAUAGAUUAAAACACAUUUCAGUCUUGACACAUGGGUAGCAGAGUUUAGAGAUACUCUUGAUCAGGCCCAGUUCAGUUCAGUUGGCCACACGUAGCUGAGAUGACUGGGGUUGGCCGGCCUGGCUCCUUGCUGCUGCUCCAAAGGCACACAAGUUCUGCAUAGGUCCUGUGUCAUCUGUGCUGCCUCUCAGCAGAUGUUUUGCAUUUCAAGUGGAAGUGGAGGGCUGGCUGUGUGUGGACAAGGGGAUUUGGCCUUAUUCCCCUUCUCUGAACUGAAUCACUUUCUAACCUCCACUGGUAAGAUCACAGUUGACUAUAAUGUGAGAUAUUUAACGCUUACAUUCCAUCAUUCAUUCAUGUGACCAGGGUCCAUUUUAGUAGAGGCCACCUCUUGUGUGCUGGAGCACAGGAGCCCUGCAGGCCCAGGUGCUCCGGUUGCAUGGAAUCAGAGGGGGCAGAGACACACUGGACUUGAGGCAGGCAGACCACACAAGACAGCAGAGGUGAGGCCAUAAGGGUAUUACACUGGUAAUACCUACAGCUGGUAAAUUCAGUAUUUUGAGGCAUGUGAGCAGGUAGAAUCCCAGCUCUAAACUGAUACACUAUGGUAUAGAUAAUUUGUGAUCAACACAUUGUACUGCAGCAUUUGGGUCUGAAAACAGUAAUAGUGAAUACUUUCCUUUCUCUUCUGGGCAGGUAUUACUCCACGGCUGUUUAAAGUUGCUCCUGCUUGUGCCAUAAUGAUCAGCACAUAUGAAUAUGGAAAGUCUUUCUUUUCUCAUUUAAAUGA